AGACAAUUCAAUUCUCUACAGCUGUACUGUUCUUUACUCGGUCAUAGUACAUUCUCCCCGGGAUGCUUAUCGUGUCGACUUCAAAAACCGAGUGAACAACAAAGAACAAAGAUUGCCUUUCCCCAUUCAACGGCAAGAGGCAUGAGCUUGGCAGCUACUUGGCACAGCGGCAACAACCAUCAACCAACCAAUCCAGCCAUUCUGCUGGAGCUUCUGCUGGUAAAAGCAAUGCCUAACGUUCACUUGUGCUUCUUGUCACUACCGUAUUGUUUCUCAACCAUCUGAGUGCCCUUUAGAUGGAAAUGCCCUACUGAGUACUCUGUAUCAUUUUGGUACGACAGCUACCGGUACAGGUACCGGUACCAUAUCCGGGGUGGAUGUAGUCACCAAAUCAUGUCGUUGCGAGAUCUAGCUGGCUAGCUAUUAUUAUGCCACUCGAAAUGAGUAUCGCUCGAUGGAAUGAAAGCGCACACCUGUAGUUGUGGUACCGGUACGAUUUACAUCUCUCAUUAUUUUCCCUGAAGGUCCAAGCUCAGAGAUCGCUACGGUAGCCAUGAAGCUCUUCUUCCACCUCCUGGUUCUGUUUCGAUCCUUGGGAUCACUCGCUGCUUCCCAUGUUGACUCGAGUCAAUGGCAGACGGUGCCAAACCGCUUCGAACACAAUCCUGCUGGUGCAAUCCAACACCUCCUCAAAGGAGGGGCCAAUGUCGAUGAGUACUCGGGGCCACCGCAGCCAAUGAUGGUCAUUGGAGCUGGUCUACCAAGAACAGGAACUGCCAGUUUCAAAACAGCCAUGGAUAUGUUGGGCUACAAGUGUCAUCACAUGAUAGAACUUCUUGAAACCAAUGGGAAGGAAGAGUUGUGGCAUCAGCAUCUUGUGCAGAAAUCACUCUCAUUUGAUGAGAUCAUGAAUGACAUGGCAAGCCAUGGGUUCAAUGCCACUGUGGAUAUGCCGACAGCCUUCAAAUACAAGGAACAAAUCAAUCGAUAUCCCAAAGCUAAGGUCAUUCUGACAGUAAGAAGUGAAGAAGGAGACAAAGCAGGAAAGCAAUGGGCCAAGAGUAUGGUGAACACCAUUCUUCAGCUGCCACGCCUAUUGAGUAGUAUUCCACUGAGCUGGUUUCCUCGAGCAUCCCAUACCAUUGAAUUUUUGGAAGGUUCUUAUGCUGGUGUUGACCUUCCAAUGUAUGAGCAUGAAAAAUUGCCUGCCUUCUAUGAUUCUUGGAAUGAGGAAGUGAUGAAGACUGUGAACCGAGAGAACCUUCUUGUGUUUCGAGCAAAAGAUGGGUGGAAGCCUCUCUGUGACUUUCUGGGGCCAGUCUCUGAAAUUGUUCAGGCCAACUGUGCUAGGUUCAUUGCUUCAGGUCAGCCAUAUCCGCGGGUCAAUGACACAGACACAAUCAAGACUGCCAUGUCCUUUUUUACAGCAUUUAGUCUCUUUGUAAAGGCUUUCCCUGGGGUUGUCUUGACCAUUGCGGUUGUGCAGGUUUUUCUCAAAGGUAGUUUGAAGUCAGCUGCUAGUAGGAACAAGAAGCAUGCGUAACCUUGCAGCCUGUGACAUGUGGAAUUGUUGUUUGUGUGUGGAAGAGGACGGAAGGUAGCACCAAUUGCAAUUUGUUUGUG